UUAUGCUAACCGCGGGCUUCAGUCUACAUUCAGAGGAUCUGCCUUUAAGUAUUCUUACAAACCCAUUUCAGUCUAUUACAUUUGAUAAGAAUGUCCAUUUUUUGUAUUUGAGAAACUGCAAUCACCAUGAAUCUUGACAGGCUACGUAAAAGAGUAAGACACUACAUUGAUCAGCAACAGUAUCAAAGUGCUUUGUUCUGGGCUGACAAAGUAGCAUCUUUGUCACAUGAGGAUCCUCAAGAUAUUUAUUGGUUAGCUCAGUGCCUUUAUUUGACAGCACAGUAUCACAGAGCUUCUCAUGCUCUCAGAUCUCGCAAGCUUGACAAGUUGUAUGGAGCCUGUCAGUAUCUAGCUGCAAGAUGCCAUUAUGCUGCCAAAGAAUAUCAACAAGCAUUGGACAUACUAGAUAUGGAGGAAGCAGCCAGUAAGAAGAUAUUGGACAAGAAUGUAAAAGAGGAAAAUGGCUCUAGGGAAACCGUAAAGGAAUGGGAAAUGUCUCCCGCUUCAAUCAGUAGUUCCAUCUGUCUCCUUCGAGGGAAGAUCUAUGAUGCCAUGGAUAACAGACCCCUAGCCACGUCUAGCUACAAAGAGGCCUUGAAACUGGAUGUCUACUGCUUUGAAGCCUUUGACCUUUUGACGUCCCAUCACAUGUUAAUUGCUCAAGAAGAAAAAGAUUUCUUGGAUUCCCUGCCCUUAAGCCAACAAUGUACAGAAGAGGAAGUGGAAUUGCUACGUUUCCUUUUUGAGAACAAGUUAAAGAAGUACAACAAACCUAGCGAGAUGGUCGUCCCAGAAAUGGUCAACAGUCUCCAGGACAACUUGGAUGUUGUCGUCUCUCUCGCAGAGCGUCAUUAUUACAACUGUGACUUUAAAAUGUGCUAUUCUCUGACGUCUGUGGUUAUGGUGAAAGACCCAUUUCAUGCCAACUGUUUACCAGUGCACAUAGGAACCCUUGUUGAGCUGAGCAAAGCAAAUGAGUUGUUUUACCUAUCUCAUAAACUGGUGGAUUUGUAUCCAAGCAAUCCAGUUUCAUGGUUUGCUGUUGGAUGUUACUACCUCAUGGUUGGGCAUAAAAAUGAACACGCAAGGCGGUAUCUCAGUAAAGCCACAACACUGGAGCGCACAUACGGACCAGCAUGGAUAGCAUAUGGACACUCGUUUGCUGUGGAGAGUGAGCACGAUCAGGCAAUGGCUGCAUACUUCACUGCUGCCCAGCUCAUGAAAGGGUGUCACCUGCCCAUGCUGUACAUUGGUCUGGAGUAUGGACUCACUAACAACCCCAAGCUGGCAGAACGGUUCUUCAGCCAAGCCCUAAGCAUUGCCCCUGAGGACCCAUUUGUCAUUCAUGAGGUAGCUGUGGUUGCCUUCCAAAAUGGAGAUUAUAAAACAGCUGAGAAGUUGUUUCUAGAUGCUAUGGAGAAGAUCAAAGCCAUAGGAAAUGAAGUGACCGUAGACAAAUGGGAGCCGCUCUUAAACAAUUUGGGUCAUGUGUGUCGGAAACUGAGGAAAUACGAACAGGCUCUCGAAUACCACAGGCAAGCUUUGGUUCUCAUCCCACAGAAUGCGUCUACUUACUCAGCCAUCGGUUACGUGCACAGCCUCAUUGGAGACUUUGAGAGCGCCAUUGACUACUUUCACACUGCGCUUGGUCUUAAAAGGGAUGACACUUUUUCUGUAACCAUGCUGGGUCACUGUAUUGAGAUGUAUAUCAGCGAUUCGGACGCUUUCAUUGGAACUGACAUGAAAGACAAAGUAAGAAAGACCCUCAGCACACCGGCACUGAUGAAGAUGCUCAACGCUUCUGCAGAUGGCAAUGAGAGCAGAACACAACCUGCAGAGGAGUGUCCUUUUCACUGUGGGGGCAUGAGACACCGCCCCCCUAAUUGUGCAUCCAAAAACGUCAUGGGGUCUUAACAGAUCCGUGCCUGAAGUAGAGCCGAAGUGUCUUUAUUUGGUGUCAUUGAAAUGCGCACACCGUGCCACCCUGGAUAUUCCUCAGAUUGAAGCUGGUUUGUGAGCAGCAUCAGUGUCAGUCAUGGGCUGCACACCUUCCAAAUCCAACAUUUCUUGCUUCCACGUGUGCGUGAGUCGAGAUCUAGACACCUGUUCCACAUUCGUGCCCAGUUUAAAAAGUUCUGUUUCCACCCCGGAGAGACACUCACUUCAGCUUUGCGUUGAGACGAGUAGCGGCAAGCAAACUUUUAUCAGCGGUAAGAAAUUACUUUGCUGUUACGUACUAGAAUAUAAGAAAAUAUGGGCAGUGAUGCCCGCAGGAACUGAUGUGUAUGGAUGCAUAUAUAUAUAAACUACCAGUCAAAGGCUUGGACAGCAAUUUUUUUCACGAUCUUAAAACCUAUUUUUCCCUAACAAAACAAAAAAAAUGUUAAUGGAUGUGUUGGAAUGGACAGAAAAGCAGCGAACAAAUGGCCAGCACAGGCAUAGAUUUAGGGAGGGAUGGUAGGGACACGUCCCAACCAACUUUAAGAAAAUCGGAAGUGUCCUGACCAACAUUUGGGCAAUUUUACCUCAUAGAAAAUACUUAAACUUUAUACUAAGUUUUGAUUUUCAUUUUAAUGACUAUUAAAGUUUCUUAGUAUCAUUGUUCAUGUAGAAAUUGUUCCUACAGUAUAUUACCAGACUAACAUUCUCACAUUUUUUAUUACCAACAUUUUGAAUAUUUUCCUUCUUGCAAAAUGUCCCUACCAACUUUCAAACCAAAUCUACGCCCUUGGACCAGCAAACAUGAUCUCCUUCAUGGUGAUUAUUCCGAAACCUGUCAAGAAAAUGUUCGGGUCCUGUUUAACCCCAAAUUAAUAAUUAUAAAGUGUUCAAUUAUAUUUCGUUUAAAGACAAUGAAGCCUACAUUUAGCACCAUCAAUAAUUUUUUGCAUUGUAACAUUAAAUGCUGUACUGCACUAAUGUCAGUAAUUUAUGAAAAAAAUAGAUCAAUGAUAUUGAAAAAUAAUGAAACUGUGAAUGAAAAAUAAAGCCUAAAAAUAAUCAUUAUGGAACAUUCUGUAUCAUUUUAUUUUUAGGUUGUCCCACAAGAACCUCCCUGCAAAGUUCUGGGAUGGUUAGUUUAUGUGGUUAUAAAAAUAUAAUAAAACCUAAAAAUAAUAAUUAGCGAAUGUUCUGUAUUAUUUUAAGGUUUUCACAAAACAUCCCUGCAACGUUCUGAAAACAUUACAUUAUGGUUAUAAAAAUAAAACCUAAAAAUAAGAAUAAUCAUUAGAAUAAUUAAGUUUUUUUUAGACUGUCCCAAGGCUCCCUGCAACGUUCUGGGAAGGAUUGUUAAUGGUAAAAAAAAGAAAUUGCAUAAGAGUAGGAUCUCUAUAAGUCAUUAUUAGCUUGUGACACAAAAAACUCCAUGCAACGUUCUGGGAACGUUAUUUUAAAAAGAAUCAAACGGGAACGAAACGCUAAUGUUGGAGAAACGUUCUGUGUUUGCUGGAAUGAUGAAUAAAUGUUUUACUGGUGUCUUUUUUUUUUUUUUAGCGUUGUGAUAACGAGAAUGGGGAAGGUAAAAAGGGUUUUACUAUCAUGGAAAUAAUAUCACUAUAAAAAAUUAAAUAAAUAAAAAUUAUGGCCUUAAAAAGCGUAUAGGCUUCAUUUAAAAAUAUUUUGGAGUAAAAUAGGGCCAGCAGGACAGGUUUCGUGAAAAUCACACAAGCCAGGCAUCAGUUGGUUCAGAGUGUGCAGCAGAGCUGUAAAAGUAAACAUAUGGUGGCUACUUUAAAAAAGCUAAAAUAUUGAGGGAUGGAUGGAUUGAUUGAUCGAUCGAUUUUUUUAAACAUGUUCUCA